UGUGUGUGAACAGCGUACUGAUUGGCCUCCUUAUCUUAGAUUGCAGGUGUCUGAUUUGAUGAUGGAAAAAGAGGAGUCGUUGCCACGUGUUUGCUGUAAUCUCAAUUUAAAUCAAAGUCUUUAAUCCAUAGAUAUGACAUCAAACCAACGCCAAGUGUUUGGCUAAAUAAUUCUAGUGAGUAAACACAGAAGCAGAGAGCAGACGGCAUAGGGUUCAGUGCGUUUAUUUCAGAGAGUGUUAAACAGAUAAUUUUCAAGUCUAAUUUUAAUAUUUAACAUACCAGCAGUAUAUUCAGAGGCACUGCUUCUCUUUUUUUUCACGUUCUCACAAUGAAAAACAAUUUUAGGAGCAGUCAUAGAAAGUGUAAAAACAUAGUCCUCACCAGGGUUUGCAUAUUCAACAUGUUAAUUUUUGUUUUUUCGAAGUGAAAGUGCCUCUUUGUAGCGAUAUAAACACAGAAAAACAAAAGAAAGACAAAUAAAGUAAGCAGAGAGUGACACUUGUUGCCCAGAAAUGGGAAAUGAAUACAUUACAGUAAAGAUUACUCUCUCCUUUUCUCUCCCUCUGUCAACAUCCCCUUUGUUUUUUUUCGCCUCUGCAGUUAUAUCCAUAGAGACUGCCUGGUUACAUUACCCUCUUGCCCAGCUCUGGUUCUGGCACGACACCAGCUCCACUCCCUGUUAGCAUUCUUCCACGCUCCCGGCCUGAAAAAUCUCUUCUUACUGGUGAUUGAAAACGCCUGUGGUACAAAUAUUCAAACUCCCCCACAGUUGUCUGAGCUCACAGUCUGAGCAGCCCGGCUAAUGAACUGAGUUAAUGUUAGCUAUCAGCAGCUGCAGGUCAGAGAAGCCACAGAGGGCUGAUGCGGAGCAGCAGGAGCACACCAGAGGAAAAAAAAAAAACAUUUUCACAGAGUUGAGACACCACUCACUAGAUCAUAAGUCAUUUUAUUGUAGAAAGGUUGAUCAAUGUUACUUUAACUGAUCAUUUUUCAAAAACUAAAGGGCAAACUGAUAUAAUAAUAUAUAUAAUAUAAUAAUGCCUAUUACAGCACACUGUCCUUGAACGUAGUCACAUAAAUAUCUCUUCUUUGGCAUAGGCAUGUUACGACUAGCACACCUGAAUUUAGACAGAUCAGUCCUGUACAGGAUGAAGCAAGAAACCUAUUUAAAACAAAGGUGAGUUGCUGAUCUUAGACUGAACAGGCACCACCGCCUGUGCGAGUUGUUUAAUGUCUUCUGUGACUGUGAAGGAGCUUUCUAAAGUUAAGAAAAUAACCCUGAUCCGAGAAAAUCCUGAGGAUGCCAUCAGGGUGUCUUGGAUUGGGAUUGAGACUUCACUGUUUUAACAGAAAGGCUGAUUUGUGAAGUUGGUGCACAAGGGAGGGGGGUUCUAAGAAAAGAUGCUAUUGAGUUACUUGAAAAAAAAAAAAACAUGUCUGAGGUUAACCGGGAAUUUAAUGUACACUGGAUCAAUAUCAAUUAGUCGAUUGACAGAGACAAACAACAGCAAAGUCGUAGCAGCUUCUCACAUGUGAGGACUUUGAAUCAUCAUAUGUUUGGACUGUUGGUCCAAGAAAACGAUAACAGCUUAAACUAAGAUGAAAAAAAUUCAAUAUUUUAGUUAAAUAUGUAUAUUUUUUGUUUAAUUGAACCCCAGAAUGAAUGAUUUUAUGUCUUUCUAACUUAACACAGCAUACGAUAUACAAUUUGUUUCUAUACCUGCAACAAUUCUUUCCAUAAAUUCUGAAAUAUAGAACUAAUCUAUUACAAGUGUGUGUGGCGAGCAAACAGUGCAGCCUUGUGUUUGAAGUAGGUUACAGUGUGGUCCUCAGAUCCCCGAUGGUCUGAGGUGUCUUGUGAAAGAACAAUGGCUCAUGUAAAGUGGAAAUACAUGAGUGGGAACAGCUGAUAAUCCAGGUUAGUUUCAAGCCCUCAGUGGCUCUUGAUGCAUCCAUCCAACAGCGACUGACCUUGCUGUGUGUGUGUGUGUGUGCACAUACACAUGUCUCUGACCUGUACCUCAUAGCCCCACCCAGCCGCUUUGCUGUUAUCUAUGUACACGCCAGCCCCCCUGCUAGCACACCUUCAUUACUGCCCCAGAUAGUGGCAUUGGCAACUUGUCACUUGUAUUGAUUUCUCUUAAACUGCAAUUUACAUGGAUAUUUGUGGGCGUCCUGAGGGCAGGCUGCAGCCUGGCGGACGGCCCCUCGCCCCCUUCUCUCUCCUCCCUCCCCUCCCUCUCUCUCUCUCUCUCCCUCUCUGCCCCUCGGGCAGGGAGGAAAUGUUUCCACCCAACAACAGAGCCUCAAAGUGACUUUUCAAUCUGACGUCUGUUUUUUUUUUUUUUCUCGCAAAUGCAUUGUUUUCUCUUUUUUUAACAUUAUAAUGGAUGAAAGCUGGGGACGGUAAAGGAAGAUGUUUCAGGGAAAAUAACAGCAUUUACAGAAUAGACCAAUUUUUGUCAUUUGUUUUCUUUAGAUAUUCUUUUAUCCAAUAGAUGCACACAGAAAAGAGGCUAAAAUCUGCAUUUUUUUUUUUUUGGUUUUCUAUUCUCACUGCGCUGGUCUUGAAUGUAUAGCAGCACCAUGGCGCCUCCUCCCAGCUCACACACCUGACCUUCCACAGUGGAGGCUCGGGGAAUAAAACAAUAACCUGCAGCUAGGAAAGCCACAAAUGCUUUCUGAAAGCCACGACACUGCACUUUCACACAAAAAUGCCAAAAUGUCACAAUCUUCAAACUUUGUGGCUGCAGCACACUGUCAGUGGAGUUAGUGCCUGGUGCGCUGAAGGUCACCUGCAACCUCCAAAGAAGAUUUUCAAAAUAAAAGGAAACAUUUCAUUCUACAGAGCUGGAAAACAUUUUUAGUAAAAAGAUGUAUUUGUUUUAACCGAGUUAAAAGUGUUGGGACAUCUUAGAGUAAUCUUUUAUGUGACUUUAGAACAGAUUUCAGAUCAGUAAUCCUGCAGGAAAAUUAUAAAUCCCAAAUCUCAGCAGACAAACAAGGAGAGGGAGGAGGAUUCAUGUAACAGGGGUUUGUGUUUUUGUGUCCAAAACAACACAUCUCCAUGUUCUUUUAGUCUCAGCUCUGCAGCAGGAUGUCCCUCAUCCCUUUCUGACCUGCUUGAAGUGCCCUUGAGCAAGAAUCCCUCCCGGGGCUGACCCCCCCUGACCCCGCCCUGUGGAGGGCAGAAGAGAACACACUCACUGCAGUGAAGGAGAAAAGUGGUUGAGUAGUGAGUCCAAACAGUUUUUUAAAAAAGCAGCGGGUGAAUAAGGGGUGUGAGUUGGUGGGUGUCGCUGGUGAUGUCACACCUCCCAGACAGCCACGAUUGGACCCUAAUUAGAAAGCUCGGCAGCAAAUAGAUAGGCGUCCUGCAUGAUUGAAUUCAAAGUGGCUGAUGCCCAAAAUUUCUGCAGAGGCGCGGAAAACUGUCGGAGAGGAGCGGAGGAGAGCGGGCGCCGGUAUCAGAGCUGCUGAGAGCUGCCACGCUGCGCUGCGAACAGUCUGUCCGUGAGCCGGAGGCGAGCUGGAGUUUGAGAGGUGAUACGGGAACAGCAAGACGCGCUCCCCCCUGGUUUGGAGGGAUAAAGAAAAAAAAAAAAACAGAAGAAGGAGGGAGAGCCAAAAAUAUAGUCCGAGUCGACGUCAAACCUGAGGACGCUACGUUAUCAGAGAGCAGCGGAGGCUGAAGCGAGACAAGUACAAAGGAGAGUCGAGCCGCCGAGUCCAAGUUAUUCCUGCGCUCCGCUCCAAAGGCUGCGCUGAUGGCAUCCGUACUUGGAAACAGCAGCCGCGCGUCGGGGGCUCAGGGCGGCCAGGUCAAAUGCAAGCUGAAAAGGAGGAGGAGGAGGCGAUCGAAGAGAAAAGAGAAAGUCAGUAUGCUGUCAGCAUUGAUCGCUCCUUUCAAGUACAUAAGCCCUGGGACCAGCAGCACAGAGGACGAGGACAGUUUAAGUACCAGCAGUGCAGAGGUAAAGGAAAACCGUAAUAUUGGUAACUUAGAGGAUCGCUCAAUCGGAUCUGCAGAGUGCCAGUCGCUUUUCUGCUCUGACUCUACAAGAAGUGGGAGCUCUGGUCUGAAGAGGAAACGGCCGCUGGAGGAAGACAACAACGGGCACUUGUGCCAACUGCGCUUGAUCUAUAAGAAACUGUCCUGGUCUGAGGCACCAAAAAAUGCUUUGGUGCAGCUCAAUGAGCUCCGGCCGGGCUUGCAGUACCGCAUGGUGUCUCAGACAGGCCCAGUCCAUGCUCCUGUCUUCUCCAUCGCUGUAGAGGUGAACGGACUGACCUUCGAGGGCACAGGCCCCACAAAGAAGAAAGCUAAGAUGAGGGCUGCCGAGUUGGCUCUCAAGUCCUUCAUCCAGUUCCCCAAUGCUCCUCAGGCUCACCUGGCCAUGGGAAACAUCUCAAACCCUUCGGCUGACUUCACCUCAGAUCAGGCAGACUUCCCUGACACGCUCUUCAAGGAAUUCGAGACUUCGCCGUGCUCCGAUGGCCUCUCGCUCUGCAACUCAGCAGCAGAGAGCGAGCUUCUAUCAAGUGAGCUACUGAGACAUGGACGGUUGCUUCGCCAUACCUUGGACCUGAUGGUGCAGGCUCAGCAAAGGCUGGGUGGGAUUGUUCCAGAACCAGAGGCACCCAAGAGCCCCGUGGCAAUGCUCAAUGAGCUCCGGCCGGGCCUGCGCUAUGCCUGCCUUUCGGAGCGAGCCGAAGGCCGAAGGCUGCGAAGCUUUGUGAUGGCGGUGCGUGUGGACGGGCGGAUUUUUGAGGGCUGCGGUCGCAGCAAGAAGCUGGCCAAGAACCAGGCGGCCCAGUGUGCUCUUCAGGCUCUCUUCAACAUCAGGACAGCCCCUGAGGGGAGGACAGGCCUCAAAGCCAGCAGGAAAAGCUGUCCUCAUUUACCCCAGGACUUUGCCGAUUCAAUAUUCCACUUGGUGAGGGAGAAGUACCGGUCGCUGGUGGGCGGCUGCACUCCUGCACACGCUCGACACAAAUCCCUGGCAGGCAUCGUAAUGACCCGAGGUCUGGACCUCAGACAUGCCCAGGUGGUGGCGUUAUCCACGGGCACCAAGUGUAUCAACGGGGAGUACCUGAGUGACCAGGGACAAGUGGUCAACGACUGUCACGCUGAAGUCACGGCCCGCAGAGCCCUGCUACGCUUCCUCUACUCUCAACUUGAACUCUUCUUGAGUAAAAGACCAGAGGACUGGGAGGAGUCGAUAUUCGUGCGGCACAAGGAGUGCGGCUACAGGUUGAGAGACAACGUCCAUUUCCACAUGUACAUCAGCACGUCGCCGUGUGGAGACGGGAGGCUGAACUCGCCCUAUGAAAUCACAACUGACUUACACAGCAGCAGACACCUCAUGAGAAAGCACCGCAGCCAUCUGAGGACCAAAAUCGAGUCCGGGGAGGGGACGGUACCUGUGCGAUGCCGGGGGCCCGUCCAGACUUGGGACGGCGUCUUACAGGGCGAGCAGCUCAUCACCAUGUCCUGCACGGACAAGAUCACCAGAUGGAACAUCCUGGGCCUGCAGGGGGCGUUGCUGAGCCAUUUCGUGGAGCCGGUGUACCUGCACAGCGUGACCGUCGGCAGCCUUCGCCACACGGGCCAUCUGGGCCGAGUUCUGAACCAGCGGCUAGAACGCCUGGGCCCACUGCCCGCCACGCACAGACGCAACCAGCCCCUGCUCAGUGGGCUGAGCAGUGCUGAGUAUCAGCAGCCGGGGAAGGCCUCGUGCGUCAGUGUCAACUGGACGCUGGGUGACGCACAGCUGGAGGUGGUCAACACAUCCACCGGACGGAGACGAGAAUCAGGCACGCCCUCACGUCUCUGCAAGCACACCCUGUUCACCCGCUGGAACAGACUUUACCGCAAGUUGGGGAUCCAGGUGUCUGGCUCGACAGACCACCAGCUCAUGUACUGCGAGGCCAAGAUGGCGGCGCGUCCUUACCAGACAGUGAAGCAGCAGUGGUUCAGAUCUCUGCAGGAAACGGGCCUCGGUACCUGGGUCAAGAAACCGCCCGAGCAGGAACAGUUCCUGCUGUCGGUGUGAGGAAGAGAGAGAGAGAGUGUGUGUGUUUGUGUGUGUGUGUGUCUGGGUGAGACAGAGUGUGUGUGUGUGUUUAAUCUUUAUUUUUUUAGAGUAAGAUGACUCCAUUCUCUUUACCAACAUCCAGCUUCACACCUUCAUACCUGGAAGUUUCCCAGUGCAACCUCGAAACUCAAGGCAUCAGCUGUUGUGUGUAUGUGUGACAGAGAGAGAGAGAGAGUGUGUGUCCUUCUGGAUGUGCCACCAACGUCAAAAAGCGACAAGAGGAAGGUCGACCGGACAGCGUCAGAAAAGAAAACGGACGUGAAAAGAUGGACCCUUUCUUCGACUCGCCCUUCUUUAAACACACGUUUAAGCAAACACACACCUAAAUGCCCCCCCUCUUCAGCUGUCAAGGAAGGGUGGGGUAACCUUGAGCAGAAUGAAAGGCAGCCGCUAUCUUGUCAUCAGCUAUUUCCGGGCCCCAAGGCUCCCGCUGAGGAGCAGAGCCACGGGGGAGAGAGAGCGAGAGAAAGGGGAAAAAAAGAAAGGGAGAGAGAGAGAGAGAGGUCCACGUCCAAUUACCAGCCCUGUCAGGGUGACGGGUGAUAGAGGAAGAGGAAGGGAAGUGAUUGGAGGAGAGAGUGAGGAAAAGAGAAGGACAGACCAUUGCUUCAGCCCGCCUCACCUUCCCUCUCUCGUUUCUGUCUUUGUCCUCCUUCUCUGACUCACCCUUUGACUCCUGACUUCCUUCUCUUUUUGUCUCCACCUCUCCCUCCUUGCCCUCCUUCCAUUUUCUUCCCUCCCUCCUCCUCCUCCUCCUAUUCUCUUUGUCACUCUCUCCUCUUUGCUUGCGUCUACCCCCCUCCCACCCCUCCAAGCCUUUCAAGCGCGGCGGAGGUUAACACGACACGGCGACAGGUUAAUACACCCUCUCUUCUUCUUUUUUUUUUUCUCCUCCCCUCCUCACCCCACUGGGUAGAGAGAAGGAGAAGAAUAGAGGUGAGGUACAUAAACGCAGCCAUUACAGCUUGUCUAAGUACAGGUGGAGGUGAUGAUGGAGGGAGGGGAGUGGUUUCCAGUUUUUCCUCUCUCUUUCAUACUAAAUAUAUUUCUGUUUCUGUCGUUUGACCUCCGAUGACAGUUUCCACAGUCAGUUUUCAGCCUGUCUUGCUGAGCUCAAGCCAACAAUAAGAACGGUUUACGGUUGUGACUCAUCAGCGAGGCCUCAUUGACCUGAUGCUUUCUUUCUGUGGUCAUGACCACCCGGAACAGAUAAUAGUCAAGGUGGAGUAAAGUUUCAUAAGCACGCACCCCCCUCAACACGGUGACUGUGGUCAACUUGAGGAAUUUUAUUUUUAAAAGCCAUUUUGGACACACGUCACGUGAAAAUCAGCGAGGUAAAUAUGACACAAUUACAUCCCUGACCGUCACCAUGUACAUUUGUACCUCACACUAUUUUUAUGUAAACAUACACACUGUGUGUGAUUAUUAUUUUUUUUUUUUUAUGCGGCUAAGUGUUGAUAUUCAUCAUGAUCAUGACUGUGUUGUUCUGUCAUUGCUGUAUUCUCUUCAAGGAUUUUAGUCG